AUGAAACCAUUCUUCUGUAUAUCUAGAUUACAGCAGAUAAGAAAUUUCGUGAACAAAUCAAGAAAGAGAACAAGAAUGGGUGCCGGUACAAAGUUCAGUCCGCCAAUAGAUAGAUCCAUGACCGUAUUGGAUCGGGCUUUUUUCCAAAAGAAAGUUCCUCUUCUAGUUGCAACUUUUCCUGAUCCCAAGUACUUGGGUGACUUUGUCAAGGUGUGCAAGGGCGAAAUUUUGCAGGUCAGUGGAAUCAAGCAUAUUAUUAAUUCCAACGGUACAAAGGGAGUUUUACUACGUGAUGACAUAGAUGAUUUGGAAACGUACAACCAGAAAUUGUCCGCGGCAGCAUUGGAGAAAAUCAAAGAGUACAAUAUUGAGGUCAAACCAUACAUUCUAGAUUUAGACUACAACUUCUGGAAAUCUGACGACAUUUUACAAGCAGUGCUUCCUGAGGAGCAUUUGCAAGAAUACCCAUCUGGAUUCGCUCAAGCAGGCCAUGUUGCCCACUUGAACCUUAGAAAAGAGUUUAAGCCAUACGGUAAAUUGAUCGGUCAAGUGAUUUUAGAUAAGAAUCCUAAGGUUGAGACGGUGGUUGACAAAUUAGACACCAUUGACACCAAAUUCAGGACCUUUGCAAUGGACAUCUUGGCCGGAAAGAACGAUCUAGUUGUCCAACAGAGUGAAAGUGGGUGCAAAUUUGUCUUUGACUUCAGCAAAGUUUACUGGAAUUCAAGAUUGAGUACUGAACACGAGCGCUUAAUCAAAACAUUUCAGCCAGGACAAGCCGUUGGCGAUGUUUUCGCGGGUGUGGGUCCAUUCGCAGUACCAGCUGGUAAAAAAGAUGUAUUGGUUCUCGCAAACGAUUUAAACCCUGAAUCUUAUAAAUAUUUAGUUCAGAAUGUCGCGGGCAAUCAUGUGGGCGAUUUUGUGAAGGAGUUCAAUCUUGACGGAAGAGAGUUUAUCAAGAAGUCGCCCACUUUGUUGUUGGACUGGUAUAACAACGUCAAAGUAAUCGAGAAGCAGAAAACAAUCAAGAGGAGAAAAGUCGAUCCAGAAUCCAAAGAGACUACAACAGAGAAAGUCACAGAAACAAAGAGGGUCUCUGUUCCCAAAUUCCUCUCUCACUACGCUAUGAAUCUUCCCGAUUCGGCAUUAACAUUCCUAGACGAAUUCAUUGGUCUCUAUACUAGAGACCCAGAGGUAGAGAAGGUAGCUUCAGAGGAUCCCGAUUUUAUUCUCCCGAUCAUUAAUGUACAUUGCUUCGAGAAGUUUAGUCCAGACGAGCCUGAGCCAUCAAUGGAGGAAUUGCAUAGACGUGUUCAUGCAAAGAUCAUCAAAACAAUUGAUUUUCAUAAGCCAUUUGAAGAAUUUGAUUUCCACUUAGUGAGGAGAGUGGCACCUACGAAACCCAUGUUCUGUGUGUCUUUUGAGCUCCCCAAAGAGGUCGCAUUCCGUAAAUAG